CAAUUUUAUUUUUCCUCAACAUAUCGGGGCGUUGCUUCGGCCGCGUGUCGCCUUGCUUGUGACCUAAGCGACGAGCCGGCGACGCCGGGUGCUGAAGGAGUCGGCAGCGCUGGGAGGCGACGAGGGAUCGACUGCACCCGUCGUUGGAGCAAGGACGCGGAGGAGCGAUUACUCCGACCAACUGGGUUGGGGACGGAAGCCCCGCUCCAUCGUCGCCGUCGAGCCGAGCCAGCCACGGCCCCCCUCGAAUCCCGACGACAUCCUCCACUCCACGGUCGAGUUCAUCCUAUCCAGCUGCAAUUCGAGAGUUAGCUAAAUCAUGAGGCAGCAGACUGGUAAACGUACCCGCCAACACAGGGACUAUGACAGAGAGGAAAGGAAGGACCAAAAGAAGAGGCCAUUUUCCCAUGCCCAGGAAAGCUCUAAUAAUGAUGAAUUGGUUGUUUACCGUAUACUCUGUCCAGACAGUGCCAUUGGUAGUGUAAUAGGAAAGAAUGGCAAUGUGAUAAAUGCUAUCCGGCAACAGACAAAUGCCAAAGUCAAGGUUGUUGACCCUUACCCCGGUUCAGACAAAAGGGUUAUCUUGGUAUAUUGCUAUGUCAAGCAUAGAGACCUGGAUGCUGAUGAGGGUGAUGACAAUGAGCCUGUUUGCGCAGCUCAAGAUGCAUUACUUAGGGUGCAGAAUGCAAUUGUUGAUGCAUUAGAUACGUUAAAUAAGAAUCAUAGAGACUCUGAUAAGAAGAACACAGAAGAAGCAAGCAUCCUUGUACCAGCUAGUCAGGCUGCAAGUAUUAUUGGAAAAUCUGGUGUUGUCAUCAAAUAUCUUCGAUCAACAUCAAGAGCAUUCAUUAAAGUGAGCCCAAAAGAUCCAAACGAUGUUACACACUCAUGUGCUAUGAGUUUUGAUAAUUUUGUUCAGAUAACGGGUGGUGCUGAAGCUGUUAGAAAGGCACUGUUCGGAAUUUCAACCAUCAUCUACAAGUACCCAUCUAAAGAGAACAUUUCUCUUGAAACUUCUGUUUCUGACCUUACUUCAAACAUUAUAGUUCCUUCAGAACUUCCUGUCUAUCCAGCUAGUAACUUCUACUCAUCCCCAGAUGCUGUUUCUGGACAUCCAAGUCUAUCCAUCUUAGGGUCAACACCUCAUGUACCUGAACUUACUCUGCCUGCUGAUGCUCAUGGCAGACUUCCUAUUUAUCAAUCUUUUCUUCCAAUUGUUCCUACUUAUAGUACCCCAAAAUGUUCAGGAGAGCUAGUUUUCCGUGUAUUAUGCCCUGGUGACAAGAUUGGGUUGGUUAUUGGUAGAGGUGGAGGGACCAUAAAGAGUAUAAGGCAAGAGAGUGGUGCAAGGAUAGAUGUUGAUGAUGCCAAGACUGGCAAGGAGGAAAGUAUAAUCACCAUUACAUCCACUGAGGCCAUCGAUGAUGUUAAGUCUGCAGCUGUGGAAGCUGUUUUGCUGCUUCAAUCAAAGAUCAACGAUUAUGAUGAAGAUAGAAUGAAUCUUCGCCUUCUUAUCCCAACUAAAGUUAUAGGCUGUCUUAUUGGCAAAGGUGGUUCAAUAGUCAAUGACAUGCGGAAGAAGACUAAGGCAGACAUCCGCAUAUCGAAGGGCGAUAAACCCCGGAGGGCAUCUUCCAGUGAUGAGCUUGUUGAGGUAUUCGGAGAAGCAGACAAGCUGCGUGAUGCUCUUGUACAAAUAGUUUUAAGACUUAGGGAAGAUGUUCUGAAAGACAGGGUGGACAGCCAAAAUUCUGACAGGGAUGGCAAGCUAACUGUUGCCACCACUGAUUCCUUAUAUGGAAGCAGUCUUUCUUUGCCUGCUCUAUUACCGUACAGCCAACAAGUCAGUCCCUUGGGCUAUGAUCGAAGGGUUGAAACUGAGCGAGGUCUGGAAGUAUUCCCUCGUAGCAGUUCGUAUGGGUAUAGCUCCUUGCAGGUCGCAGAUGAGGGCUAUGGAGGACUUCCGUCAUAUACAUCAAAAUCAUAUGAAAGACGUCUUCCACAUGUGGAAAUGACUAUUCCUGCUAGUGGCCUGUCAAAAGUAAUGGGAAAACGUGGCACAAACUUGGACAAUAUUAGAAAGAUUUCUGGAGCUCACAUUGAAAUUAUUGAAUCAAAAUCAUCCCGUCAUGACCAUGUUGCUCACAUAUCUGGCACCUCUGAGCAGAGGCAAUCAGCUGAGAAUUUGAUCAAAGCUUUCAUAAUGUCUACUUAAGAUUCCUUUUGCACAGUUUGAGAAGGCUGUAGCUUAUCUCUUUAAUCUGUCUCUUCUGACUUCUCCUGCCACCCGUAAUUUCCCUUGGUUUGUGGCGAACAUCAAAUGCAGCGUUUCCUCUACCUGUUCCAAGUAUCAUGCUUACCUGAGGGGGGGGGGGGGGUACUCCAGUAUUGGACAAAGCACUCUAUGUUCCUUAGAUUCUCAACCGUUACCUGCUUGUAUUGGCAUGUUCGUCGUAAUUUGGAUGUCUUACUUGUUAAUCUCAAUGACUGGUUCACUUGUUGCUUAUCA